GAGGGAGAGAGGGAGAGAGAGAAAGAGAGAGAGAGAGACAGAGAGAGAGACAACACCCUCCCACACUGCUGGUCCACAAGGAAGAGACAUCCUCCCAUUCUGGAUGUGUGAUUAUCCACAAGUGCUGUCAGCAUCCAUCGCUAUCAACAGAGGCACAUACACACUGCUCUCUCAUCCACACAAAGAAUACCCCACCUGCUGAUACACCAUCAGGAUACAACACUACAAAAAAAGGGCUCAUGGAGGCUGCAUUGAUCUUCCUUUGUUCCGCUUUGGCUCCAGUGCUGGGUGCCAGCGAGGAAAACAAACAGUCUGAUCCAUUUCACUAUGAUUAUGAAAGUCUGAGAAUUGGAGGACUCGUGUUUGCAGUUGUCCUCUUCACAUUGGGCAUCCUCUUAAUUCUGAGCCGGAGAUGCAGAUGCAACAAUCUUAACCAAAAGCCAAGGGCUCCAGGAGAUGAAGAAGCUCAAGCUGAAAAUCUCAUUGCCUCUAAAGCUCGGGGGUCUCAGAAAACAGAGAACUAAUGCAAUAACGUGUUAAUCGGGGAGUUAAAGAGAACAAACUACGCAAAAAAAAAAAAAAAGAAAUCAAUACUUCACCUACAAUUACUGUCCCUUGCAUAUCCAAUCCAGCCAAUACGACCCAGCUGUAUCGUGUGUCCACUCCGUGGGUGAUGCCGUCAUUGUCUUAGUUCAUGAUUGUCCUUCAGUGCUGUGUGUACGCUGUCCUCUUGUUCUGUCUUAGCACUUUUCGUUAGAUGUUGGAAGUUUCCCUGACAAUGAAUAAGGGGCAAAGAAAUCAAUAUUUAAAGAUAAAGCUGUGGCCAAUGUUUGGCCUGGUUCCUUUAAACACACUAUUUUGCUCUACAGAGCAGUAGCGAGCAUUACUAAAUGCACACAAUCAGUUUUUAUUUUCAUAUUUUUAAAUAUUUUCUCUUCUCUUUUUAGUUUUGCCUCUUCAUAACGUAAACAUCUUGGUUAAACAGUUUUUUCAGUGGAUCUACUGAAAGGAUUUAAAUAGUGUUUGUGCCUUUAAAUGUACUCGUUUAAAAUAUCAUCUAUCCACAUAUGUGUACACAGUAUAUAUGCAUAUGAUACAAAAGAUAAACUAUAUAUAUCUCUGAAUAGGAAAGUCACAAUAUAUUCCCCUUAUUUAGAAACCGUAUCGAUCCAUUUGCACUGCAGAGUAGUGUCUAUUGUCUUUUAAAGACCUGCGUACACUAUGCAGAGCAUUGCAUUCCCGCUUCCUGUCUGGUUUUAAAAUGACAUUUUGUUAAGUGACUACAAAUACAUUAUAUUAUAUGCAGAAUACACUGUAGCAGGUUGAUUGCAGGGCUCAUUAACGUAGAUAUUUCUAGGUCACAACUUCCUACGUUUCUAUAGGACAAUAAGACCGUAUCUAUGUCGAUAGAGAACCAGGAUUAUAACAUUUCACAUUAUUUACGUAAUCAAAAAAUCCUGCAAUGUUUUCGUUGUUUCGUUGUUUCGAUUCCAGUCCUGCUUAUCUUAUUUUCUGGGAGGUUUUUUUUCCCGUCUGUACCAAGUACAUAUGUGGCAUGUUCUUACGCAAUCAAGUGUAAAACUCUCUGUUUCUUUAUGGUACACCGAUCUCGCUGUGAUUCUAGGGGGUGGCUUCUCCUCUUAUUAAACAAUAGCAUCUUUUUUUUUUUUUUUUUAUUGUUUGUGAAUAUUUGGUGGUGUCGAUGCAAUGUGAAAUAAACUUGUAUUUCUAACCUCA